AUGGCGUUGGACUAUGUGACUGCUUUUGUCGAUAUUCAUCCGGAUAUUCUCAAGACUGUUCUUACCGACAACUAUCGACCAAGAAUUUUGGAAAACUUUGUAUAUGACUUGUUCAGUGCUGGAAUCAAUGACAAUGACUCGGCAACGGCACAACGCAUACGACUGAAAAAGCAACAUGCCUUUUCGAAUAUCAAUGAUAUAGUAGAGGAAUCUUACAAUGCGGUAAUUGGUCGAUUCACUCAUAUGAUCGAACCUAUUGCCAGAACCAUCAGGGCUCAUUCACAUACACAGAUUAUGUUAAAGCUUAUUUUAUCAUCAAUGAUGACGACCAAUCAUGGACCAAUAUACUGCCAACUGGACAAGAAUCAAGAAUACUUUUUCAUGAAUACUGUUGGAUCUAUACAUCUCAUUCGUGAAACUAGCGGAUACUUUUUGUCUGAAGGAUAUGUGAUAGACUUGCUUCUCAAUUUAUUCCGAACAGAGUUUCAACAGUUCAAUCUGUUGUCAUCGUUGGAUCUUUUGAGCAGCAUCGCUGGCACAAAAGCCAAAGGAACACCAUUCGAAGCCGUCAUUUUGACUGGUAUGAUCCAAAAAAAUGGACCGCAUCUUUCAAAUGUCCUAUCUAGUUUUGGUGUUUCGAUUGCUGGUCUUGAUGGUUUACAGUUGCCAACAAUAGAGCGUAAGGCUGGAGAUGGCACAAUCAUAUCCGAUAGACCAACAGGAGUCUUUUUUCGUCCUUCAAGCCAGUUUCGACCAGACAUCCUUGCGUUUUUAUCCAAACAAGUCUGCGUGUCAUUUGGAAUCAAGCUAUAUACAUCAAAAAUUCCUUCAGCAGUGUCUGCCGAUAAUCUUGAAUCUACAAAUCCAGAUUUUUCUUUAUUAAAGCAGAUCGGCCAACGAAUAACGAAGCGUAUUUGA